AUGGUUACCUACAGUAUCAAGGAUUUGAUGGGCCUUUGCUCGGACUAUGCACUCGACGCAUCGAUCCAAAAGAUUCUUUUCUCAUUGGACUUAUGGGUGCCAAAGGCAGCUCGAGAAGUACAUAUUGAUAAUGUCGCACAACAACGAUACGCAGCAGCAGCAUAUACUGGUUUCAAUCGCGCUCGGUCACCGUCAAGAAAUGACACUGUUAGUAAUAACAAUAUCAAUAAUCGAUUACGUCGUACAUUAGCAUCACGUUCAAUGUCCGCAGAAGUCUUUCGUAGCUCAAUCGAUACGAGCAGUAGUGGAUCAACUUCAAGAGAUGUGAAUAGUAAAACGAAUACAGCAUUGCCUAAUGCAACAUUAGUGAAGAAAUCAAGCAAUAGUCAGAAUCUCGAUGAAAUCUCCUCGCCCGGACAAUCCCAAGCGAAGCUCAUGCCCAUAAUGGAAGGUGGUGAGAGUGAAGAUAAAUCAACUGAAUCGUCGUCAACAACUCGUAUAAAUACAAACUUUCCUUCGACAAUCAUCGAUUGGACACCGAUGGAAAAUGAGCCAAUAACAACAACAGCAGGUCGUACACCGAGUGACGCACUUUUCGAACUUAGUGUCCGUGCAGAUUCUGCUCUGAAAACGGCUCUGUGUGAAAACAAUUCCAUUGUAACAAGCACUAGCACAAACGAUCGUAUAACGCUACGUAAAAGUGUUAGUGUUAUGAAUCAAAAGCAAAAAGUUGGUAGUGGCCGUUCACUAGUUCGUGCGAAAUCGGACAUGGCAGGUGCAGAUGCAAGUCGAAAACGUGCUUUAUCGCAUAUUGCUCGCGUGUCAGAGCGAUACUUUAGUGAUGAUGCAAAAACCGUUGCUGAAAUUGAAGAACUUGAACUUGAAUAUCUAUUCAAUUAUAUUCGUCAUUUAAAAACGUUUCCUAAGUAUACCAAUAUGACAGAAGACGAAAUUCUACAAGAAGUCGAAGGUGAUCCGCAUACAUUACGUCAACGCACAAAGGAAAUUUUGAAAGGAAAGAUGUCUGAAUCAUAUGCUGCAUAUAUUGCUAAAUAUCCGAUAAAAAAACAACGUCGACGAGAAUGUCCAGCAACUCCGAAUAAGUACCGUAAAUGUUCUCGACGUUGUUUUGAUGGACAACUACGUACUUGGCGUCGUAAUCUCCACCAAUUCGAUGAGGAUGGUAAACAAGAUCUGGCCGGUACAACUGAUUUGAAUGAAAACGAUGAACUCACAUCAACAGAUCCGAUCGAAGAACAAGCUUAA